ACUACUCACGCGCAGAAAGGGCAUUAUUGUCCAUAUAUAUUUUUCACGUACGGACGCCGCUUCACGCAGAUCUCGAAUCGUCUCUCAACCGAAACCUCCUCCUCCUCUUUCCCGUUCCAUCUCGUCUCCCUUUGACUUCAACAAUCGUUCUCGAUCGAGCCGGGGCUAGACCUGGACCGAGCCAACAUCAGCCAUGGGCGUGCCCGCGUUUUACAGGUGGCUUGCAGACCGUUACCCACUGGCAAUUGUAGAUGUAAUUGAAGAAGAACCUAAAGAGGACAGCAAUGGCGUCUUCAACCCUGUCGACGUUUCAAAACGUAACCCUAACGGCGUGGAGUUUGAUAACUUGUACUUGGAUAUGAAUGGUAUAAUUCAUCCUUGUUUCCAUCCAGAAGGGAAGCCUGCACCUCCUACUUAUGAUGAUGUUUUCAAAUCAAUAUUUGACUACAUUGACCAUCUUUUCUCAUUGGUUCGACCAAGGAAGCUUCUAUAUAUGGCAAUUGAUGGGGUUGCUCCUAGAGCUAAAAUGAAUCAGCAACGAUCUCGACGCUUUAGAGUUGCAAAAGAUGCUGCUGAAGCUGAAGCUGAGGAAGAAAGAUUGAGAAAAGAAUUUGAGGCUGAGGGGAAGCUCUUGUCUCCUAAAGAAAAGCCUGAAACAUCCGACUCUAAUGUCAUCACUCCUGGGACCCAAUUUAUGGCUGUGCUUUCAGUUGCACUUCAAUACUAUAUCCAGACGAGGCUGAAUCACAACCCGGGCUGGCGGCGUGUAAAGGUUAUCCUUUCUGAUGCAAAUGUCCCUGGUGAGGGAGAGCACAAAAUCAUGUCAUACAUAAGGUUACAACGUAACAUUCCUGGUUUCAAUCCAAACACACGGCAUUGUCUAUAUGGUCUGGAUGCUGACUUGAUUAUGCUGUCAUUAGCGACGCAUGAAAUUCACUUCUCAAUAUUGAGAGAGAUGGUUACACUUCCCGGGCAACAGGAAAAGUGUUUUCUCUGUCGUCAGGCUGGCCAUCUUGCAGCUGAGUGUCGUGGGAAGCCAGGAGAUAAUGCGCUAGAUUGGAAUGUGGUAGAUGAUACUCCAAUUCACAAGAAGAAAUAUCAGUUCCUCAACAUCUGGGUGUUGCGAGAAUAUUUGCAGUAUGAAUUGGAUAUUCCGAACGCUCCAUUUGAAAUCAACUUUGAACGAAUCGUGGAUGAUUUUGUAUUUCUAUGUUUCUUUGUUGGCAAUGACUUUCUUCCACAUAUGCCAACAUUGGAAAUUAGGGAGGGUUCUAUAAAUUUAUUGAUGCAUGUGUACAGAAAGGAGUUUGCUGUGAUGAAUGGUUAUCUUACUGAUGCGGGUGAGGUGAAUCUUGACAGAGUAGAACACUUUAUCCAGUCGGUAGCGGUUUAUGAAGAGCAGAUCUUUCAGAAAAGGACUCGUAUACAACAGGCUUUCGAGAAUAAUGAAGAGAUGAGACUCAAAGCAAGAAAAGAGUACUCUGAAGAGUCACAGGCACUGUCUGUAGACAAGGUUAAACUGGGGGAGCCUGGUUACAAAGAAAGAUAUUAUGCUGAAAAAUUUGGUUUAUCUAAUCCCGAUGAAAUUGAGGAAUUGAGAAAAGAUGUAGUUCUGAAGUAUGUGGAAGGUUUAUGUUGGGUCUGCCGGUAUUACUACCAAGGUGUUUGCUCUUGGCAAUGGUUUUAUCCAUACCAUUAUGCUCCAUUUGCCUCUGAUCUCAAGGAUCUUGCAGACUUGGAAAUAACCUUUUUUUUGGGGGAGCCAUUCAAACCCUUUGAUCAGCUAAUGGGAACCCUACCUGCUGCAAGCUCUAAUGCGUUGCCUGAAGAAUACAGGAAAUUGAUGACUGACGCAUCAUCACCAAUACAUAAAUUCUUUCCCCCAGAUUUUGAGAUUGACAUGAAUGGUAAACGCUUUGCCUGGCAGGGUAUAGCCAAAUUGCCAUUCAUUGAUGAGAGGAAAUUGCUUGCUCAAACAAAGAAACUUGAAAGCACUUUAACGGAGGAAGAACGGGUGCGAAAUAGUGUAAUGCUAGAUUUGCUGUAUGUUUGUCAUGCUCAUCCUAUGGCUGCACAAAUCAUCUCAUAUUGUGAAGUUGCCAUUUCAUUACCUCCAUACAGAAGAGUUUGUUGUUCAAUAGACACAAAUGCUAGUGCUGGGAUGAAUGGCUAUCUUUGGUUAACUGAGAGGAAUGUCUGGAAAAGUACAGUCAUUUCCCCUGUCAAUGGGUUGCCGGACAUAAAGCACAACCAAGUCUUAAAUAUUACGUAUCUUAAUCCUAUAAAUCAUAGACACGUCCCUGAACCUCCAAUUGGUGUGGUCAUGCCUGAGAAGAUUUUAAAACCUAUUGAUAUUAAACCAUUCCCCACACUAUGGCAUGAAGAUAAUGGUCGGCGCCAGCAAGGCAGAGAAAGGCCACAAGUACCUAGAGGGAUAGCGGGCACUUUAUUGGGUGAAGCUGCUCACCGACUUGUCAAGAACACGCUUAAUAUCAGACCAAAUGGGUCAUCUUCUAGAUAUUUUGAGCAAACUCCAUAUCGUAAUAUCUCAGGUAAUCCUACGGUCAAUAGACCCAGGCCAGCUGGACCCUCUGGUCAUGAAAGGGGCUACAAUGAGGACCCAAACUACUAUUAUGGGCACUACAAUAAUCAGCAAGCCACCAGUAAUCCCGGAUUUCCUCCAAUAUCAAAUGGCAUGCCAGCCAAUCGGCACAACUUUAAGACUCAGGACAGAGUACAAUACCCUGAGCAGUACCAUGACAUAAGAACUGGGGUAUCUGCUUUGACUGUAGAAGAAAAUGUCAGAACCAGACCACCUGUAGUAAUGCUGCAGCGCAUGCCAAAUACAGGGAAUAAUUCAAAUAUGCGUCACCAGGUUGAGCAGAACAUAGGUCCACUUCCUUCACCGCCUACCAAUUGGAUUCUCAAGGCAGCAGGAGAUACCGAGAUGUAUUUUAGACAAGAAAGGGGUGCAGUUGAGAAGCAGAUGAAGCAGGUUUAUCAGGUCAAGAGUCGGGCAGCUCAGGAAACAUCAAAUCCUGUUGCUCAAGAAAUAGCCGACUUGAAUCUGCAAUAACAUUGUGAAUGUGGUUGAACCUCUAACGGUAUCCUUCAGCAUUGUCCCUGUAUAGGAGAAGAGAUCUCUCCAUUCAACCGCGAAGGCAUUUUAAAACACACCAGCUGGAGGUACCAAUAGAAAAGCUACCCCUGCAGUGCAUAUGGUGACCUGGCCUUGCAUUGUCGGAUUUUUUUUAGGCAUGGAAAUGUGCAUAUCUGGGGCAGGAACAGCUCUGUGAGAAAACUUUGGAGUCAGGAGAGCUAGCAUACCAAUUAUGAGGAUUUCCUUGCAGCGUUCAUUGUUUAGAUUUUCUUGUAUAUUUGCUGGGUUGUACGACAAAAACACGAUUGUUGUAAUUGGGUUUUGGGUCAUAGGAAUUAUUACCUCCAAUAGGGUGUAGGGAGGAAACGGCGUAUUAGUCUUGGAUAUGAUGUAUUUACACUCCAGAUUGCUUCAGUGAUAUGAUUAUUCUGUUUUCAAGGUAA